CUCAAUACAUGAGGACAGAAAGAGAGCAGCAGAAAAGAGAGAACAAGUCACAAAACAUGAGCUGAAAUGCUCAUCCCGUUUUUCAGCAGGCAGCAGCAGAAAAAUUCCGUUUCCCAGAGAUUGAACCGUUGGAUCGUCGUGAUUUUUGUACAGCAGCUUCACAGCAUCUGGGCCAACAUUCUGGACGGUGGAGAUCGGGUUUUGAGGUCCGGAGGUCGGGUUUCGUUGGUCUGGACAGUAGCUAUUUUUCUGGUGAUAUUUUUCUUAUCUUGGCUCUAUUUGAUUCCAUACACCUUGAUGUGCUUACUUCCAAGGAUAUGAUGAUUUUGUAUGCCUCUAGUAUUAUCUAGAGAAGACUUUGUACUGCUCCUUUGAUGAUGAUAGUGGAUUUAAGCGGCCAAAAUGGUCCCGUGGUUUUUCCCUAGUUAACGGGUUUUCCACGCUAAAAUUCCGGUGUUUGUGUGUGGUGUGUGCUUACUGUUUUAGUUGAUUAUAUUGGUGUGUGGCAGCAAUAUUGUGUGUGUUCUAAUUGCAUUAAGAACACCCUAUUUGUUUGCAUCCUCAAAGGUUCAUUCAAGUUGGGGAAAUUUUAGCCAAACGGAGAUUAAUUCCGCAUUUUAUUAGUUACCGUUUGGGGCUGUUUUUCCCAUCAAAUUGGUAUCAGAGCCGAGUUCUUCUGUAUCGAGUUAAACUUGUUUGAAUGAUGGAAGCAAACACAAGUAGGAUGAUCAAUUUGAAUGGUUCUAAUUAUCAUGUUUGGAAAGGCAAAAUGGAAGACCUACUUUAUGUGAAGGAUUAUUAUUUGCCUGUGUUUACUACUGAUAAACCUGACAGUAAAACAAAUGCAGAGUGGAAUAUUUCGCAUAGACAGGUUUGUGGGUAUAUUCGCCAAUGGGUUGAUGAUAAUGUUUUGAACCAUAUUAGCGGGGAAACUCAUGCUCGCAGUUUGUGGAACAAGCUUGAACAGUUGUAUGCUCGAAAGACCGGGAACAAUAAAUUGUUCUUAAUAUAACAGAUGAUGAGCUUGAAAUACCAUGAUGGAACUCCUGUUACUGAUCAUUUGAAUUCUUUUCAGGGAAUCAUAAAUCAACUUGCAGGAAUGGGUAUCAAGUUUGAAGAUGAGAUACAAGGCUUGUGGCUCCUUGGCACUUUACCGGACUCAUGGGAGACUUUUAGGACAUCAUUGUCCAACUCUGCACCAGAUGGUAUUAUCACCAUGGAAUUAGCUAAAGGCAGUGUUUUAAAUGAAGAGAUGAGAAGAAAGUCACAUGGUUCCUCUUCACAUUCUGAUGUCUUAGUUACAGAAAGCAGGGGGGAGAAGUCAGAGUAGAGGUCCAGGUAACAAAGGAAAACAUCGAAGUAAAUCCAAAGGAAAGUUUGCUGAUUUUGAGUGCUAUCAUUGUGGUAGAAAAGGCCACACAAUACGGUUCUGCAGGCAAUUGAAAAAGGAGAAGAAGAAGAGCGAUUACAACAAUCAAAAGAACCAUAAGAAAGAUGAGGGUGGUAAUGGCAAUGUUGAAGUUAACACUACUACCAAUGAGUUCCUUAUUUGUUCUGAUCUUGAUAUGGUCAACAUUACACAUGAUGAUUCCAGUUGGGUUGUUGAUAGUGGUGCUACGUGUCAUGUAACAUCACAGAGGGAUUUUUAUUCAUCUUACACUCCAGGUAACUUUGGUAAUGUUAGGAUGGGUAAUAAUGGACAAUUAAAGAUUGCAGGCAUCAAAGAUAUUUGUUUGAAGUUUGACACUGGGAUAGAGUUGGUUUUACAUAAUGUAAAACAUGUUCCAGAUAUGAGACUUAAUUUGAUCUCCGCAGGCUUACUUGAUGAUGAUGGUUACAGCAACAACUUUGGUAAUGGAAUAUGGAAACUCACUCGUGGUUCUUUGAUCGUGGCUAGAGGUAAAAGAUGCUCAAAGUUGUACAUGACACAUCCGAAGAUCUUCAAGGAUAGGGUCAAUGUUAUGGUGAAUACUGACAUGACUGAUUUAUGGCAUAAGAGACUUGGUCACAUGAGUGAAAAGGGGAUGUCUCUUUUGUUGGAGAGAAAUGUGUUACCGGGUGUGCAUGAUAUUCAUUUAAAGAAGUGUUCGCACUGUUUGGCAGGUAAACAGAACAGGGUUUCCUUUAAGAGCCAUCCUCCUUCCAGGAAGGAGAGUAUACUUGAUCUGGUGCAUUCUGAUGUUUGUGGUCCUAUGAAGACUAGGACACUUUGUCACGCCCCGGACCGACCCGAUGACGUGGCAACCGCCGCACAACCCUUCGUGAAUAUCCGCAGACUAUUCUCGUUAGGCCGUCGCUCCGAGUACGCUUACUUCCGAGAUACAGCUGGACUCGUUCACAACCUGUUUCCUACGGCCCGUCCGUCCGAACUUCUUCCUUCCGAGAUACAGAUAGUUCGUUCACGGUCCGUUUCGAUAAAGUACAUCCUAAACAAUAUUAUGUAUUCGUGGUUAUUAUUGAUACACCAAAAGUGUACUUAACAAGUAACGUGUUCGGGAUAGGAUUAUCUUCUCAGCAACACUACGGGUAUGGUGUCUGUACCAUGACCCGUCAUAUACCAAUAAAUUCACAAUUAAGC